UCUUACACCUAUGGCUUCCCUUAAUUAAUCCUAAUAUAAUAUGAAUCAAUACAACUUUAGUAUGCAAAUAUUUUCAACAAAAAGCUCUGCAACCCAUUUAAAUCAUAUUGUUAUGAAUUAUUUUACACAUGCUAUGAUUCACUAUGCGUUGCUUCUGUUCAUCAUUUUCAGACUUUGCACUUGCUUAGACACAAUAUCAAUAAAAACCAAUCCCAUUAGAGACACAGACAACACUGUUUUAGUCUCCAGCGGAAAAACUUUUGCACUUGGAUUCUUCGGCAAACCAAAUUAUCGCUAUGUUGGAAUUUGGUAUCACACAAUUCCAGGCCAAACAGUUGUCUGGGUUGCUAACAGAGAUAAUCCUAUAACCGAUUCCUCUGGUUUUCUCUCCAUUGAUACAACAAAUGGAAAUCUUGUACUCUACCACAACAGCAAUAUUAAUCAAACAGAUGACGUUGUCUGGUCCGCAAAUGCUUCUUCUUCAGCAUGCUCACCUGCAAGUGAUUGUGUAGCUCAGCUAUUGGAUUCAGGCAAUCUUGUUUUGCUCCAUAACAUCAAUAAACAGGUUAUAUGGCAGAGUUUUGACCACCCCACAAACACAAUGCUUCCAAACAUGAAACUUGGGAUAGAUCGAAGAACUGGACUAAAGAGGUUCCUUACUUCUUGGAAGUCUGAAGAUGAUCCAGGAAUAGGAAAUUACUCGUACAGUAUUGAUCCAAGUGGGUCCCCUCAUCUGAUCUUGUACAAAGGUCAGAUUCGAUGGUGGAGAUCUGGUCCCUGGAAUGGCAUGAUGUGGAAUGGAGUGCCUGCCAGUGCCACGGACUUCAAUGCGAGUUUUGUGAACGACAACAACGAGAUUAGUCAGAUGUGGGAUGUGUUGGACUCCUCAAUCUUUUCCCGAAUUGUUGUAAAUGAGUCUGGAAUGGUUCAACUCUUUAUAUGGUACGAGGGAGCUGAGCGACGAUGGAAUGAAUUGUGGUCAGCACCAACGGAUCGCUGCGACAAAUAUGGACAUUGCAGUGCAUUUGGUCUUUGUGAUACUAGCACUCCUACACAGUUUGAGUGCACUUGUUUGCCGGGAUACGAACCCAGGUCUCCGACUGAAUGGUACAUGAGAGAUGCAAACCAUGGCUGUGUAAGGAAGCCAGGGUCAUUGAUUUGCAGGAAAGGUGAAGGGUUUGUGAAACUUGCAAAUGUGAAAGUUCCCGAUACGUCUAGAGUUGAAGUGAUUAGCAGUGGUUUGAGCUUGAAAGCAUGUGAGAAGGAGUGCUUGAGGAACUGCAAUUGCACGGCUUAUGCCAGAGCUAACAUUAGUGAAAAAGGCAGUGGAUGUAUACUUUGGCAUGGCAAUUUAAUUGAUACCAGAAAGCUCACAGCUGGUGAUGGUCAAGAUUUAUAUGUUCGCGUUAAUGAGCAUGAUUUAUCCAAAUAUACAAAGAAAUCUAAACGUUUGCUUGCCACUAUAUUGAUAGUCUCAGUUGUCUCAGUUUUGUUCAGCAUCAUCUUUUUUGCAUAUUGGUUUCUAAAGAGGAAAAGAAAAGGGCAACAUAAUUUCUUCCUCAACGAUAACAUUACUUCUGGAGAAUCCUCCGAGGAGAGGAAUCUUGCAAAGAGUAAAAGGCAUCUGGAUUUACCAUUUUUUGAUCUAAGAACCUUAAUUACUGCCACGGACAAUUUCUCUGUUAUAAAUAAGCUUGGACAAGGUGGAUUUGGUUCAGUCUAUAAGGGUCAACUAGUUAGUGGACAAGAGAUAGCUGUGAAAAGAUUAUCAAAAUAUUCAGGACAAGGAAUGCAAGAGUUUAAGAAUGAAGUCACAGUGAUAGCAAAGCUACAGCACAGAAAUCUAGUGGGCCUUUUGGGUUGUUGCAUCCAUAAAGAUGAGAAGAUGUUAAUAUACGAAUACUUGCCAAACAAAAGCUUGGAUUACUUCAUAUUUGAUGCAAGAACAGGGUCAAAUUUGGACUGGACAAAGCGGUUCGAAAUUGUUAUUGGAAUUGCUCGAGGUAUCUUAUAUCUUCACCAAGAUUCCAGACUGAAAAUCAUCCACAGGGAUCUAAAAGCUAGCAACGUUCUACUAGAUUCUACAAUGAAUCCAAAAAUUUCAGAUUUUGGAAUGGCUAGGAUGUUUAAUGACGACCAAAUCCAAGCAAGAACAAAAAGAGUAGUCGGUACAUAUGGUUACAUGUCACCGGAGUAUGCAAUGCAAGGGCUAUAUUCAACUAAAUCAGAUGUAUUCAGCUUUGGUGUUUUGCUUCUAGAGAUCAUUACUGGUAGGAAGAAUACUGACUAUAUCAAUGGAAGCCCAUUCCCGAAUCUCAUUGGACAUAUGUGGGAGUUAUGGAAGGAAGGAAGAGUGUUGGAUAUAGUUGAUCCAACACUGUGUCAGCCGUUUUCAGCUCAGGAUGAGGUUUCAAAAUGCAUCCACAUUGGGCUACUAUGUGUGCAGGAAGGUGCAACAGACCGGCCAACCAUGUCGGAGGUUAUUUCCAUGUUGACUAAUGAUACCACUCUUCCUCCACCUAACACACCUGCAUUUAUUUUCCAACAGCAGACCUCUCAUGAUGCCAACUCUUCAACAUCAAGAUCAGGAGAAGCUGUUUCUUUGAAUAGCGUUACCAUAACUAUACUUGAAGCUCGUUGAGCUCAAUGUAUUAUAUAAGGUGUGACAUUAUUCUUCUUUAUCUUGCAUCUAGAGCAUAUUAUUGAGAACAUGGAUCUACCAGUUAAAAAUAUCUUCUUAUUUGAUCCGUUGUGAGUGACAAUUGAUACUAAACCAAUGAUGCUUAACUCUAAUAUGGGCCGAUUUGUUCUACUUUGUGUUAGUGAUGAGUCAGAAAUGUGAAAUUAUUCUCUAAAUCACAACAUUCCGAUUCUUGUAAAUUAGAUCAUCUAUGUUUGUAAAUUUUUUAAUUUUUAAUUUUUAUUUAUUUAUUUAUUUUUUUA